UUUAAAUUAUUGAAAGUCAUCGCUGUCUAUCUAUUAAUAUAAACAAUUUUUUAAUAAUCAAAUUGUUAAAGUUUUAAUUCAGCAAAAUCUCGAAAAAAAAAUGAUUCUCUUUCUAAUUUUUUUACUCGUAAUGGAUAUAAAAUGCGAAGAACACAUAUAUGAUUCAAAUAACUUCAGCUUUUUGACAAUGGGAGAUACCGGAGGUAUACCGAGAUAUCCUUAUACCUCACAUUCGGGAAGAGUGCUCGCUAAAACUUUGUCGAAUUGGGCUCUUAAAAGUUCACCGAAAUUUGUUAUUUUAUUGGGUGACAAUUUCUAUGAUAAAGGAGUCAAAUCUCUAAGCGAUUCUAGAUUCCAAAGUUCAUUCGAAGAUUUAUAUUCAAACGAUACCCUGAAUAUCCCGUGGUAUGUAAUAGCCGGUAAUCAUGAUCAUUUGGGAAGUGUUCAGGCGCAAAUAUCUUAUACAUCUUUGUCUAGGCGUUGGAAAUAUCCUCAUUUUUACUACCAGCUAUCCUUCAAAAUCAAACAUCCGCUACAUGAAGAAAAGCCAUUAAAUUUUCAAAUCGUCGCCGUUGACACGGUAAUCUUAUGCGGUAAAAAGUAUUAUCUGGAUUUAGAAAACCAAAAUAAAAUUGAAACGAAUACAAUUAUUAGAGUUGACUGGGAUGACCAAGAUACUGAUAAACAUUGGGAUUGGUUAAAAUCAAUUCUAAGCAAGUCAUCAGCAGAUUUCAUUUUAGUAAUUGGGCAUUACCCAAUAUAUUCGAUAGGCCAUCACGGGCCUGAUAAAUGCCUCAUCAAAAAGCUUAGACCUCUCUUAAUCAAGCACAGAGUAAAUGCCUAUAUUAGCGGACAUGAUCAUGAUCAGCAGCAUUUAUCCGAAAAUUACGUUACUCAACCGAUAAAUAAUUUAACCAUUCCUAAUGAAAUGCAUUAUUUUGUAUUUGGAUCGGGCUCUAGAAUUGAUCCAAAAUCACCUCAUAAAAAUUCCAUCCCUCCUAACAUGUUCAAAUAUUUUCAAGCAGAUGUAGACAAGUUUGGCGGAUUUGGUUCGUUUGGAUUAGAUAGCAAUGCUUCAUUAAAGAUAAAUUUUGUUGAUGGUUUAGGCAAGUCCAUUAUAAAUUUGAGGACUCUUGGAAUUGUAGAGCUGAAGGAGAGAUGUACAGGAGAAUAUAUAAAAGAGAAUAUAUUAAAAACUUUACUAAAAUUUAAAAUUAAUAUUCAACAAAUAUACACAAUUACUUCUGAUAAUGGUUGUAAUUUUUUAAGAGCUAUAAAGCUCCUGCAAUCUGAAACUGAUUAUGAUAUAAGGAGUGAAUCAGCAGAUGAGGAAAAUAUGGAUGUAAAUGUAUAUAAAUAUGAUAUUGAUGAUAUACAAAAUACUUUUUUAUCAACUAUUAUAUCCUAUCCGAUUUAUAGUGUACGGUGUGCAGCUCACACACUUCAGCUGGCACUUCAAGAUGCUAUAAAAUUAUCACCUAUUGUGGAAACCAUUGCAAAAGCUAGGAGCCUAAAUUUAAAAUUAAGACAUCAUCCCACUUACCAAAAGUUAUUAAAAAAUAUGAAACUCCCUAAGCCUGUGUUAGAUUGCCACAGAUGGCAUUCAACCCAUGAUAUGUUAGAAAGGCUGAUUUUACUAAAACCCAAUAUCGAAGAUUUUUUUACAGAGCAAUCUGAUUAUUUAUUGACUGAAGAUUGGAAAGAGAUAAUAACGAUUGUUGAAAUUUUAAAACCGCUAAAAAUCGCAACCAAACAAUUCCAAUCUGAACAGUUAACACUGACAGAUUUUUAUGCAGCAUGGUUAAGAUGCUGCAUCGAACUGGAAAAAAAUCCAAACCAUUUUGCUCAAUUACUAUAUUCUUGUCUUAAGAACAGAGAAGAAAGGUUUAUAAAGAACGAAAUUCUCUUAGCUGCCAUAUACCUGGACCCAAGAUACAAGGUAUUACUUAGUGAUGAUGAUAAGAUUUGUGCGAAAAAACAUCUUGUCAAUUUAUGGAGACGAAUUUUAAAAGCUUAA